AUGAGCUCUCUCCGCUUCGCUCGCUCUGCCCUCCGGGCCCGUCCCUCUGCCUUCCGCGUUCCUCUCCAGCGCAGAGGUUACGCCGAGGCCGUGAACGACAAGAUCAAGCUUUCCCUGGUCCUUCCUCACCAGACCAUCUUCAAGUCGACCGGCGUUGUCCAGGUCAACAUUCCCGCCGAGUCCGGAGAGAUGGGUGUUCUCGCCAACCACGUCCCCUCCAUUGAGCAGCUCAAGCCCGGUCUUGUUGAGGUCGUUGAGGAGGGUGGUGCUACCAAGAAGUUCUUCCUCUCCGGUGGAUUCGCCGUUGUCCAGCCCGACUCCCAGUUGAGCAUCAACGCUGUUGAGGGUUUCCCUCUUGAGGACUUCAGCUCCGACGCCGUCAAGAACCAGAUCGCCGAGGCCCAGAAGAUCGCCAGUGGCAGCGGCAGUGAGCAGGAUAUCGCUGAGGCUAAGAUUGAGCUCGAGGUGCUCGAGACCCUCCAGGCUCACCUCAAAUAA